AUGUCUACACAAAAAGUGACACCAUUGGAUAUUUCACCGGGGACUCAACUCGAAAGUACAUGUUAGUUUUUGAAGUUUUCAAUUUUUCAAAUUAUUUUGAGGAAUCAAAAAAGACUGUUUCAUGUUUGAAAAAUUAAUUUUUUUAUUCUGAAAAAUUUUGAACCUCAAAAUAUUCAGAUUUUUUUCAAAAUAAUUAUUUCUUUGGGUUACUGUGAUUCUUCUUCUCAUUCUUUUUUUCUUUCAUGGUUUACUGUGAUUUGAAAAAAAAUCCAAAAAAAAUGGGCUGCAAAAUGUUGAAAAAUUAACAAAUUGUUUCAGUGAGUCCAUAUCGAGCAAGUCCUUUAUCAACCCGUCAAAUAAUAAUUGCCAUUGUCAGUUUAUCGAUUUUCUCAUUUUUCUACCUGGUUUAUGCUCAACAUCAUGCUCUUCUUUUUUAUGCAAUGACUGGGUUAGUUUCAAAGAGGAAAAUUAGACAAGAUAUUAUAGUUAUCAUAUGUUUUAUAAAAACCUCCACAAUUUUCGAUAUACCUUUAAAACACUUUAAGGUCUUUAACAGAUUUGUUCUACUGUGAAUUCUACUGUAAAUUAUUUUUUACUGUAAAUUCUACUGUAAAUUUUAUUUGGAUUCCUAUCAAAAAGUGAUAAUUCUGGUCCAAUUUAAAAUAUAACCUUAAUUUUUAGAUGAUCUUUAAUUCUGGUCUAUAAUGAAAUCUAAUUUAUUGUUUUUCUUCAAAACUCUAACUUUUUCCAGUUUUAUUGCCAUUUAUAUUGUAUUUGUUUAUACAUCUGGAAUUGGCGCAGUUUUAUAUAUGGUUUUAAAUGAUUAUGAAAUUGGUGAAAAUGAAAUGAAAAGCUCAAGAAACAUCGAAGAAGAAUCAACGAUUUGA